AUGUCAGAAACUCAGAGCAGUCUCGAACAGACUCUCGCUGCAAUCCGCAACUCCCGCCUCCAACAUCCUGACGACCAGCUCUUGGAAUGCUUUCUCACCGACUCAGUUGACCCCGAAGCAACUUCCCUAUACUUGCUCCAAAGAUGCACCGACGGCCAAAAAUACUACGAUUUAAUUUCACUGUUAUCGGAGUGGAAGGAGCUGGUUAGAAGUGUCAUUGAACAGUUCUCACAGCAAAAGAAGCCUAAGAGAGACGUCAUCGCUAGUGUGACAAAGAGAGAUAACCGUAUAUGUUGUAUCACAGGACUCGAAUCGUCCUUGGUUGAUCCUCUGAUCGUCACAUCGAUCUUCCCCGUAAUUCGGUUCUCCAGAGAGCCUCUGCAAGAGCUAUUUUGUCUCUUCACUGGCUCUACCAAACAGGAACAGAUCAAAGGCAAUGACGAUCGCGUUUAUGGUGUGCAGAAUCACUGGCUUGUACGUCAAUCCGCCGCGGAAGCUCUAGCACAAGGCUACUUUCGCUUCACAUCCACAAGAGGCUCUGAUUAUCGUGUAUCACAAGUCACAAUUGGAGGGCCCAACCGACCUUCUAUUGUGGACAAGAUCCCGACUGUUCGAAGAGGUCGUUUUAUGGAUCAUUCUGACUCUGGAAUUGAGACUCCAGAAAUCAGCUUGCUCCUAGCUACGUCCAGAUUCUCGAAAUCUAUACGGUGGAGUCUAGUUGGUCGAGAUAUUGCCAAUCGACCGCGACAACCGGCGAAUAAGAUGCUAUUCUCCUCGUCUUGGCCUAGCAUCUCGGAGUGCUUUGCUCUUGCAUUUGCAUCAAUUUGCCGUCUAAUGCCGGGUCGUUUUCGCAUAGGGAUCUACCAAUCUUUGAAGUCUUUGGGUGUUCGAACCUAUGGACCAUCCUCUAGUCUCAAGGUUCAACAACUCCCUUUUGGCAUGCACCUAAAGACGACGCACUGUGAUGACUAUCAAGCACUGGCAAACGAGUUCGGAGCUCUGAAGCUUGUCAGGAACCAGACCCAGGUUCCUGUUCCACGUCCGUUGGACCUGGUGUCUGACGCUGAUGCGUCUUAUCUGCUGACAACUACAAUACUGGGACAGCGCUUGGAUUCAUACAUUGAUAUACUCAGCGAUCAUGAUCUUGACAUUUUCAAGCGCGAUAUGCAGAAAUACGUGGCACAGCUGCGCUCGAUCUCGAGGCAAGAACGGCAGAAUCAUGCUAUUAGCAAUGCCGUUGGUGGUCCUUGUUAUGACUAUCGAAUUGUGGCCUGCAGUGACUACGAUAAGGAGCGUGGCGACUUCUUUGGACCAUUCAUCGACGAAGAAGAGUUCAACAUACUGCGAACACCAGCGCUACCAGAUGUGUUUCACUCCACGGGCCAUGACAUUGUGUUCACCCAUUCUGACAUCAACAUGAGGAACAUCUUGAUGCAUAACGGUCGGAUCUCAGGUAUCGUGGACUGGGAGAACUCGGGAUGGUUUCCCGAUUAUUGGGAGUAUACCAAAGCGCAUUAUGUUACCAAGCUCAACAAGAGAUGGCUGGCAGUGGUCGAUCGAGUCUUCGAGUCCUUUGGUGAUUUCAAGCUUGAUCUAGCAAUUGAGCGUCGCUUAUGGGAGUAUUGCUUUUGA